AUGAAUGACAAGAAAACUGGUCUGAAACAGAAAGCGGUGAUGAUGGCACAUUUCAGGGCAAUUGCUCUCGACGAACUGCGGCUUUCACAGCGUGAUCCAGCUCAUCAAUUGGAGAACACCUGGUUAUGCGUACCACAACUCAUUUCUAAUCUCGCAUGCCUCACGAGCGCCUCUCCUCCUGGACCGAAAGUAGUAAUGAACUUAAUCGGGGACGAUCUUCGCCAGUGGGAGAACGCACUUCACUUGGCGGCAAAGCCAGGAAUUUUUACGGUAGCUCGCCGAAUAAUGGUGCAUCCAAAGUUCACAAAAUCAUACGCAUACGACACAUUCGUCACUCUGAACAGUAUCGGUGUUGAGAUGAAAAUAUUCGACGGCCCAGCUGAAAUCGUGCAGUGGAUACAAAAAAACUUGAAGAUUACGACAGGCUUCCAGAUUGGGAAGGAAUCCGCUAAUCGUGAGCUGAUAAUAGCAAAGUCUAACCAAAGAUGUCCAAUAUUCGCCUGGUCCAGCCAUUAUCAGAUCGCCUUCAAGUCUGGCAUAUUCGAAUCUGAAGUUGUUUUUACUGCUAGUGGUCAUCCCGAUAGUAAAGGAGAGGAAAUGUACGCACGCUUUCACAAUGAAAAGCCAAAAAUGAGGUACUGCAGUGCUGGCCGUUCGGGAAUACUAGAAGUGCCGACUAACUCCUCCAGUAUUUUUCUUUAUUUCAUCACGGAUAUGGAACGAUCCAUAACUGGACCGCAACUACUGGACAUGAUCAAAGACGUGCAGAAGAGCUCUCUUGAUGCAGAACCUCUCUUUACUCAUGGUGGUUUCGGUGACCUCGCCAUGGAAGAUGCAGAAGUAUUAUUCGAUCUCCUUGGAAUGAAAAACAGCCAUUGACAGCAUAUGGUAUUAGAAGCGCCUCCCUUCAAUAUAGUUAACAUCAAAUGUCCGUUCACUCUGAUCAUCUACGACGACAAGAAGAAGAUGCCGGUAUAUUAUGGAAGGAUUGUACGUCCGAAAGUUGUUGACCCGAAAACUUCUAAUGUUGGAGAGAACGAUGAGCACAAACGUCAGCCCAAGAAGUGGUGCAAACUAAUGUGA